ACCCCACCAGCCCCUCCGGAGCAGAGACGACUCCUCCCGACCCCCACUGCCAUGUCCAAAAGCUUGAAAAAGAAAAGCCACUGGACUAGCAAAGUCCACGAGAGUGUCAUUGGCAGGAACCCGGAGGGCCAGCUGGGCUUUGAGCUGAAAGGGGGCGCCGAGAAUGGACAGUUCCCCUACCUGGGGGAGGUGAAGCCGGGCAAGGUGGUGUACGAGAGCGGCAGCAAGUUGGUGUCGGAGGAGCUGCUGCUCGAAGUGAACGAGACCCCUGUCGCGGGGCUCACCAUCAGGGACGUGCUGGCGGUGAUCAAGCACUGCAAGGACCCCCUCCGGCUCAAGUGUGUCAAGCAAGGAGGAAUUGUUGAUAAGGAUCUUCGUCACUACCUCAAUUUAAGAUUUCAGAAGGGUUCUGUGGACCACGAACUUCAGCAAAUCAUCCGUGACAACCUCUACCUCCGCACCGUGCCAUGCACUACAAGACCACAUAAGGAGGGUGAGGUCCCUGGAGUAGACUAUAUUUUCAUCACCGUUGAAGAUUUUAUGGAAUUGGAGAAAAGUGGUGCUCUCCUAGAAAGUGGAACUUAUGAAGACAAUUACUACGGUACUCCAAAGCCUCCAGCCGAACCAGCACCAUUAUUAUUAAAUGUAACAGACCAGAUACUUCCCGGAGCCACUCCAAGUGCUGAAGGAAAACGGAAGAGGAAUAAAUCAGUUAGCAACAUGGAGAAAUCAAGUAUAGAGCCUCCUGAGGAGGAAGAAGAAGAGAGGCCUGUGGUCAAUGGAAAUGGAGUAGUAGUAACACCAGAAUCCAGUGAUCCUGAUGAUAAGAGCGCAGGUGCCACAGGGGAGACACCCUCCCAGCCUUAUCCUGCACCAAUGUAUAGUCAACCAGAGGAGCUGAAAGAACAGAUGGAUGAUACAAAGCCAACUAAACCUGAAGAUAAUGAGGAAACAGAUCCAUUGCCAGAUAACUGGGAAAUGGCCUAUACAGAAAAGGGUGAAGUCUACUUCAUUGACCAUAACACAAAGACAACAUCAUGGCUGGAUCCACGACUUGCGAAAAAGGCUAAACCUCCAGAAGAGUGCAAAGAAAAUGAGCUUCCAUAUGGCUGGGAAAAAAUUGAUGAUCCCAUAUAUGGCACUUACUAUGUUGACCACAUAAAUAGAAGAACCCAGUUUGAAAACCCUGUCCUGGAAGCAAAAAGGAAGCUACAGCAACAUAACAUGCCCCACACAGAACUUGGACCAAAGCCUCUGCAGGCCCCAGCUUUCAGAGAAAAACCACUUUUUACCCGGGACGCAUCCCAGCUGAAGGGUACAUUUCUCAGCACCACCCUUAAAAAGAGCAACAUGGGCUUUGGAUUUACUAUCAUUGGUGGAGAUGAGCCUGAUGAGUUUCUGCAGGUGAAAAGUGUCAUUCCCGAUGGGCCUGCAGCGCAGGAUGGAAAAAUGGAAACAGGUGAUGUCAUUGUCUAUAUUAAUGAAGUUUGUGUCCUUGGACAUACUCAUGCAGAUGUAGUCAAACUUUUCCAGUCUGUCCCUAUCGGUCAGAGCGUCAACCUGGUACUGUGUCGUGGCUAUCCUUUGCCUUUUGAUCCUGAAGAUCCUGCAAACAGUAUGGUGCCACCCCUUGCAAUAAUGGAGAGACCACCUCCAGUGAUGGUUAAUGGCAGACAUAACUAUGAAACGUAUUUGGAAUACAUUUCUCGGACCUCACAGUCAGUUCCAGAUAUAACAGAUCGACCACCUCACUCUUUGCACUCAAUUCCAGCUGAUGGUCAGCUAGAUGGCACGUACCCACCACCUGUCCAUGAUGACAAUGUGUCAAUGGCUUCAUCAGGGGCCACCCAAGCUGAACUUAUGACCUUAACCAUUGUGAAAGGUGCCCAGGGCUUUGGCUUUACUAUUGCCGACAGUCCUACAGGACAGCGAGUGAAACAAAUACUUGAUAUUCAGGGGUGCCCUGGACUGUGUGAAGGAGACCUCAUUGUGGAGAUCAACCAGCAGAAUGUACAGAACCUGAGCCAUACAGAAGUAGUGGAUAUACUUAAGGACUGUCCCGUUGGAAGUGAGACAUCACUGAUUAUCCAUCGAGGAGGUUUCUUUUCUCCAUGGAAAACUCCAAAGCCUAUAAUGGACCGAUGGGAGAAUCAAGGCAGUCCUCAAACAAGUUUAUCUGCUCCUGUUAUCCCACAGAACCUACCCUUCCCAACUGCCCUUCACAGGAGUUCGUUUCCUGACUCAACUGAGGCCUUUGAUCCAAGGAAGCCUGACCCUUAUGAGCUCUAUGAGAAAUCGAGAGCCAUUUAUGAAAGUAGGCAACAAGUGCCACCCAGGACCAGUUUUCGAAUGGAUUCCUCUGGUCCAGAUUAUAAGGAGUUGGAUGUUCACCUUCGGAGGAUGGAGUCUGGAUUUGGUUUCAGAAUCCUCGGAGGAGAUGAACCUGGUCAGCCUAUUUUAAUUGGCGCUGUCAUCGCCAUGGGCUCCGCUGACAGAGAUGGCCGUCUUCACCCAGGAGAUGAACUGGUCUAUGUGGAUGGGAUUCCCGUGGCUGGCAAGACCCACCGCUAUGUCAUCGACCUUAUGCACCAUGCAGCCCGGAAUGGGCAAGUCAACCUCACUGUGAGAAGAAAGGUGCUAUGUGGAGGAGAGCCUUGCCCAGAGAAUGGGAGGAGCCCAGGUUCCGUGUCGACUCACCACAGUUCUCCACGCAGUGACUAUGCCACCUACACCAACAGCAAUCACGCCGCACCCAGUAGCAAUGCCUCUCCCCCAGAAGGCUUCACCUCCCACAGCCUGCAGACCAGCGAUGUGGUCAUCCACCGCAAGGAGAAUGAGGGCUUCGGCUUUGUCAUCAUCAGCUCCCUCAACAGGCCUGAGUCUGGAUCCACUUUAACUGUGCCCCAUAAAAUCGGACGCAUCAUUGAUGGGAGUCCUGCGGAUCGCUGUGCAAAACUAAAAGUGGGAGACCGGAUCUUAGCCGUGAACAGCCAGUCUAUCAUCAACAUGCCUCAUGCAGACAUCGUGAAGCUCAUCAAGGACGCGGGUCUUAGUGUCACCCUUCGCAUCAUUCCUCAGGAGGAGCUCAACAGCCCAGCCUCAGCACCCAGCUCAGAGAAGCAAAGCCCCAUGGCCCAGCAGCACAGCCCUGUUGCCCAGCAGAGUCCUCUGGCACAGCCAAGCCCGGCCACACCCAACAGUCCUGUAGCCCAACCAACUCCUCCUCAACCACUCCAGCUACAAGGACAUGAAAAUAGUUACAGAUCGGAAGUCAAAGCGAGGCAGGACGUGAAGCCCGACAUCAGGCAGCCUCCGUUCACGGACUAUAGGCAGCCCCCACUGGACUACCGGCAGCCCCCCGGAGGAGACUACCAGCAGCCCCCGCCCCUGGACUACAGGCAGCCCCCGCUGCUGGACUACAGGCAGCCGUCCCCAGACACGAGGCCGUAUCCACUGUCAGACUACAGGCCGCCGCCGCAGGACUAUGAUUACUUCACUGUGGACCUGGAGAAAGGAGCCAAAGGAUUUGGAUUCAGCAUUCGUGGGGGAAGAGAAUACAAGAUGGAUUUGUACGUCUUGAGGUUGGCAGAAGAUGGGCCAGCAAUAAGAAAUGGAAGGAUGAGGGUAGGCGAUCAAAUCAUUGAAAUCAAUGGGGAAAGCACAAGGGACAUGACACACGCCAGAGCAAUAGAACUCAUCAAAUCUGGAGGAAAAAGAGUAAGGCUACUGCUGAAGCGUGGGACAGGACAAGUCCCAGAGUAUGGAAUGGUACCUUCCAGUCUCUCCAUGUGCAUGAAAAGUGACAAGCAUGGGUCCCCAUAUUUCUACUUAUUGGGCCACCCUAAAGACACGGUUUGUAAAAUCUGCAUGAAUAUUAUCUUUCUCUAAUGAGCUUUGAUUAUGUUUAUGUUUAUAACUGUAUCAUGCUUUCUCUUUCAUAGUAGCUUAUCUAAUUACUGCUCAAGCUAUAAGCGACUUUAGAAGAAUAAGAAUGGGAUGGCUGGGGGAGGGGCAGGGCCAUAGCAGUGG